ACGGGGGUAGGGCGCGGGCGGGACCAGGCGGCCGAGGCGGGACGUUGGCGGCUGCUGUGCGGCGCCCGGGCCGGGCUGCGGCUCCAGCGGCGGUCAUGGAGGUGGUGGACGAGACCGAGGCGCUGCAGCGCUUCUUCGAAGGCCAUGACAUCAAUGGUGCCCUGGAGCCAUCCAACAUCGACACCAGCAUCCUGGAGGAAUAUAUCGGCAAGGAGGAUGCAUCUGACCUCUGCUUCCCUGACAUCUCCACGCCUGCCAGCUCGACCUCCUAUCCCCACUCGCAGCCUGGGGUCCCUGGCUCCAGUGGGGGACACCACCUGAGCCCCACAGCAGGGGGACCCUCCCCGGGGCGCCAGGGUCCCCUUCCACCCCCGAACUACGGCACCCCACUCAACUGUAACAACAACAAUGGCCUGGGCACUGCCCCCAAGCCCUUCCUAGGGGGCUCCGGGCCACCCAUCAAGGCUGAGCCCAAAGCGCCCUACGCCCCAGGCAUGCUGCCCGACUCGCCCCCUGACUCGGGCUCCGAGGCCUACUCCCCCCAGCAGGUGAAUGACCCCCGGCUCCUGCGCACCAUCACUCCAGAGACUCUGUGCCACGUGGGGGUACCCUCUCGCCUGGAGCACCCGCCCCCACCCCCACCCCACUACCCUGUCCUGCAGCGCGACCUGUACCUGAAGCCUGAGCCGCCACUCCCGCCCUAUGCUGCCAUGGGCCAGGGGUUGGUGCCCGGCGAGCUGCACCAUGCCCAGCAGCCGCAGAUGCUCCACCAGCUGCUGCAGCACGGAGCUGAACUUCCCACACACCCUUCCAAGAAGAGGAAGCACUCCGACUCGCCCCCCAACACUCUCAACACCCAGAUGUUGAACGGCAUGAUCAAACAGGAGCCAGGGACCGUGACGGCGCUGCCCCCACACCCUGCCCGAGCCCCAUCCCCGUCCUGGCCCCCACAGGGGGCCCUGUCCCCGGGCCCCAGCUCCCUGCCCCUCAGCAUUGCCCGGGCGCAGACACCGCCUUGGCACCCACCUGGGGCGCCCUCUCCAGGUCUCCUGCAGGACAGUGACAGCCUCAGUGGCUCCUACCUGGAUCCCAACUACCAGUCCAUCAAGUGGCAGCCCCAUCAGCAGAACAAGUGGGCCACUCUGUACGAUGCCAACUACAAGGAGCUGCCUAUGCUCACCUACCGAGUGGAUGCUGACAAAGGCUUCAACUUCUCAGUGGGCGAUGACGCCUUUGUGUGCCAGAAAAAGAACCACUUCCAGGUCACGGUGUACAUUGGCUUGCUGGGCGAGCCCAAGUUCGUGAAGACGCCCGAAGGCCUCAAGCCGCUUGACUGCUUCUACCUGAAGCUGCACGGAGUGAAGUUGGAGGCCCUGAACCAGUCCAUCAACAUCGAACAGUCGCAGUCAGACCGCAGCAAGCGGCCCUUCAACCCCGUCACGGUCAGUUUGCCCCCUGAGCAGGUCACCAAGGUGACUGUGGGGCGCCUGCACUUCAGCGAGACCACUGCUAACAACAUGCGCAAGAAGGGAAAGCCCAACCCUGACCAGAGGUACUUCAUGCUGGUGGUGGCGCUCCAGGCCCACGCGCAGAAUCAGAACUACACGCUGGCUGCACAGAUCUCGGAGCGCAUCAUCGUACGGGCUUCCAACCCGGGCCAGUUUGAGAGCGACAGCGACGUGCUAUGGCAGAGGGCGCAGGUGCCUGACACUGUCUUUCACCACGGCCGUGUGGGCAUCAACACUGACCGGCCAGACGAGGCACUGGUAGUGCACGGCAACGUCAAGGUCAUGGGCUCGCUGCUGCAUCCCUCGGACCUGCGCGCCAAGGAGCACGUGCAGGAGGUGGACACCACGGAGCAGCUGAAGAGGAUCUCACGCAUGCGGCUGGUGCACUACCGCUACAAGCCGGAGUUCGCUGCCAGCGCGGGCAUUGAGGCCACAGCACCAGAGACCGGUGUCAUUGCCCAGGAAGUGAAGGACAUCCUGCCCGAGGCUGUGAAAGACACUGGAGACGUGGUCUUUGCCAAUGGGAAGACAGUGGAGAACUUCCUGGUGGUGAACAAGGAGCGCAUCUUCAUGGAGAAUGUGGGUGCCGUCAAGGAGCUGUGUAAGCUCACAGACAACCUGGAGACGCGAAUCGAUGAGCUAGAGCGCUGGAGCCACAAGCUGGCCAAACUGCGGCGCCUCGACAGUCUCAAAUCCACUGGCAGCUCUGGAGCCCUCAGUCAUAAUGGCAGCCAGUUCAGCCGAGCAGGCAGCGUCCCCCACAAGAAGAGGCCCCCAAAGGCACCCAGCAAGUUCCCUCUUCUGCUUCUCCCUUCCCCUACUCAGUCGUCCCCGGUGGUCCCUGACCAGGCCUGUGUCAGCCAGCGCUUCCUGCAAGGAACCAUCAUUGCCCUGGUUGUGGUCAUGGCCUUCAGCGUGGUGUCCAUGUCCACACUGUAUGUGCUGAGCCUGCGUGCUGAGGAGGACCUGGUGGAUGCUGAUGGCCCUCUUGCUGUGUCCGCAUCCUGUCUCCUGGCCUUGCUCCGGCCCCAGCGCGCUGGGGGGAGUGUGGCCACGUGCCCAUGCAGGUCCAGCCAGAGCUUCGGGACCACACGGCUCCGCCAGUCUCCCGUGACCCCUGGGCUGCUGGGUAGGCAGCCCUCUCUGCCACCAGAGACUCCUGGCCCAAGCCCUGUGGCCCCAGUCCCAGCAAUCCGUGCCUUGGACCUGUGUUCCAGCUACCCCUGCCCUGUCCUCUGCUGUGGCACACCUAGCCCAAGCCCUGCCUCACAUGCCUCUCAUCCCAGCCCCAGCACUGCUGCCAACCACUCAGUUCUGUCCACAGGCCCCAGCCAGGUGGCCCUGCUGCCCAUCACCAACAUCAGAGCCAAGUCUUGGGGCAUCUCUGCCAACGGCAUCGGCCACGCCAAGCACCCCAAGGCCAUGGAGCCUGCGGUCAGCCCCGCAGUCCCCUUCCCUGGGGGGCCGGGCAAGGCCAAGAACAGCCCCAGCCUUGGGCUCCGAGGCCGGGCCCGCCGAGGGCUCCCCCCGCCCAGCCCCUCUGCAAUGCAGCGCCAGCAAGGGCCCUCCCUGACCUCCAUCCAGGUGCUGGAGAGUGUGCUGCCCAUCACGGCCCAGUACUGUGCCCCGAAGGAUGCCUGCAGGCCUGGGAACUUUACCUACCGCAUCCCAGUGAGCGCCCGCACCCCACCGCACCUGCACCUGACCCUGCAGAUGAACUCCUCCUCGCCCACAUCCGUGGUGCUGUGCAGCCUGACAGAGGUGGCGGAGCCAUGUGAGGAAGGGGGCACCCCACAGAGUCCCCGUGCCCCCCAAGACACCCAGGGCACCUCUCACCAGUGGCCAGUCACCAUCCUGUCCUCCCGGGAAUUCACCUAUCACUUCCGUGUGGCGCUGCUGGGUCAGGCCAACUGCAGCUUGGAGGCCCCGCUGGCCACAGACUACUAUUUCCACUUCUACCGCCUGUGUCCAUGAGUGGCUGCGGUAGCCAUGCCAGGGACCUGGUCUUGGUCCUCCUCACUGGAUGCAGUGUUACACUGGAGCCGGCAGCCACCAGCCUUUGGUGGCCAUCACAACUCAGCAGGGACAGCAUGGAGACCUCAGUCUUCACACUGGAGCUGCCUUUCUGCCCUCUGCCUUGGGGGACCAGAGGGGCCAACUACCACGGUGGCCUCUGAGCCGCACUGCCCCCUACGGAGACAGUCCUGCCGGGCAGGCCUGCAGAUACCCACCCCAAGGAGUCCUUGGGAAGCUUGGCAGGGUGACGAUGCUGGACCUUAACUCUAAGCCUUAAGCACGGCCCUGAGGCUGCCCUGUGCCUUACAUCUACUUGGUGCCUGAUAAAAGCCACCUCAGCCCUCACCUACCUGAGCCAGGGCUCAGGAGGCCUGGUCUGCCCCGGAAGUGGCUCAGUGACGCUGCCGACCUAAGCCAUGGAAGCAGAGGACCAGGCAUCCUUGCUAGCGGCAGCUGGGCGGGGCGCACAUGGUCACACUGCAGCUGCCCGCAGAGGCAGCCACACAGGACAGCCCAGGGUCGUGCCCCUCCCACCCUCCAUCUGGCCCCAUCCCCAGAGCUCAGACAGUUGUGUGCUGCCACCCCCCAUACACCCCAGCUUCUCCUUGGCUCCCCCUGGUGGGUGUCCUGUGUCCCAGUGAUGGUGCAAGGUGGAGAGACAGGAGUUGGCAGUUUGUGUCCUGGGGUGCCUGGAGCACCCUGUCCCCACCAAGGGUGUGCUGCACCCUGUGCAGGGGCCCCAAUGGGGCACCCCUGUGCUCUGCAGAAGUCCAGAGUAGUGAUGGGGCCCUGAAGGCCCCUUUCACACAGUCCUGGAGCACUUGUUGUGGGGUGGGGGACUUGUCCCAACAGGAUCUUCCCGAGUCCUGCCCCUGGGCCACCCUCGGCCCCUGCCAGUGCCUUACAGCUGCCCAGCCCCACCCGUGGACAGGACUCUGGGGCGCCCCACUGGGGUGCAGGACCUUGGACCACAGCCCUUCAGCUGUAACUGGAAAGUGACUGUCCCUGCCCCUGGGUCCCUUUGGCAGCUCCCAAUGCCCAUGGGAUGAAUGCUGGACCAAAGCUACCCUAACCCCAAGGGUAAAAAGGUGGCUGAGGUGAGAGGUCACCUCCCUCUGCUCUGGGGCCCCCUGCUCAUCCUGGGUGGUGAAUAAACAUCCCCUCGCUUCAGCUGUACAUAGGGCCAUUCCACAGCAGACCCCACACACCUGCCCCAGCAGCCUGACCAGUUGCCCCCACUUAACUCCCAUCCUCUCGUAUUUAUCGUGUACCCACCCUGAGCCCACCUGCCCUACCCGAGCUGCAUUUCCUUGUGUAAGUACACACGUAUAAAUAAAUGCACAAAGGCUGCUUUGUAUCUGA